UUUGCCAGUGUGGCGAAUUGGAGUUGCAAGCAGAGGAAGGCGUUUGGAAGCAACUUACAUCACCGGAUUAUCCGAACAAUUACUGCAAUUCCAUGCAAUGCCAAUAUUUGAUCACCGCACCGCCUGGGUACCAUGUGGCAGUGAAUAUUACCGAACUGUUUCUUGAACCAAACGAAGAUGUUCUUGCUAUUUUCGAUGGCUCCAAUAUCACAGAUCAACGAAUACGGCUGUUCGUUUUCGUCUUCUUUUUUUUGGGCAUUAUAUCUAGACGAGUCCAGAAGAAGGAGAUGCUGCCGAUAGCAGUAAAUUACGGAAUUCAAAGCAUUUGGGUAUUAUCCUGCUUUUGUUGCUACUGCUGGCUGCAGGAGCCGGUGUUGGAUUUGCUUACUACAGGCAGUUGUUGUGCUUUGCAAAUCGUUCUGCUCGCUGGCAUAGCACAUCCGUUAUUGGAUUCACCAAUUUAACG